UGACUGAGAGAGAGAGAGAGUGACUGGAUCAAAAUCACCCAGUCUUCUGGUUUAUAGGCCAGCACCUUAAACCAUUACACCAAACUGCCUCUUCUAUGCCUCCUCUCUGCAGACAGCUGAUCAGUUCUGCCUGUGCCUCUUUUGAAACUUGCACACUGCAAAAUGAAUCUGGGGAAAACUACAGUAUUUUUGAAUUGUUCUCUAUAGUACCUUUUCCUAUCAUCCACACACAUAUCUGCUUAGUUCUAUUUUAAGUUAUAAACAGUUCAGAUGGACUUGGAGGUUAAAGGAAUUGCUGCAUCUCCAAAAAGACAAGUUCUACUAUCCUCUCAGGGUUGGAGGCCAAACACCAGAUUAAGCCAUGGUCCACGACCAGCGGAGGUGCCAUGUCUUGACUUGGGAAAGUUGGGAGAUUCAGAAGAUGAGGAUGGAGAUAAUGGAUCACUUUACAAUGCUGGACGACCUCACACUGGCCCUCCACAUAUAUCUUCAUCUUUUAGGAGGGACACUCAAUUACAAAAUACUCACCCUCAAUAUCAUAACAUAGAACAGGCAGCAAGGAGACCUGAUCUAAAGAAAAUUGAGCUUUCUUCAAAGGAGCAAAAAACAAUACCAGAAAAUCUGCCACUCCCGACAGACAUAUACAAGCUGAAAUAUCAGCAAUAUGAAACAGAAAUGAAAGAGGGUUAUAAGCAGUAUUCUCAGAGAGCUGCAAAAAAGAAAACAAAUAAUAACCUGUUUCAUGAACUUCCAGGCAAGAUAGCUGAAAAAAAGGAUUUACAGCCAGAAAAACAAAGAGUGGAUGAAUUCACAAUUCUUGAUGAGAAAGCCCUUUUACAGCAAGGUUAUACAAACAACCCAUAUACUAUGCAGCAUAGCAUAAGAAAAUUCGAUGUUGAAGAAGUAGCAGCAGAAAGAAAAAAACAAGCUGUGGUAGAACAAGUGAUGUUAGAUCAAUUGUGUAGAGCUGUGAUAAGUGAUCCAGAGCAAAAUGGAAAUUCAGAUAUUUAUAAGAUGGAUCCUGUUCUCCCUGGAUUAAGCACAGCACCUCUGCGCUUUAGAAAAAGAACAUUACAUGAAACAAAAAUUAAGACUAGGUCAGCACUGACGGAAAAUAUGCUUUCUAACAAAUUACGGUUUGAUGGUAGAUUAUUAUUAAGAAAUGGACGUGAUGCUUGUCGAGAACUGAUUGGAUUUUACUUUACUUGUGACAAAUCUUUAACUAUUUAUGAAUAUCGAAAGUUUGGUAAAAAUAGAACAAAUGCUCUACCAUUCAUUGUGAAGGGUAUUUAUAUGCAUCAGCGUGGACAGAAGAAAGGAAAACCAUAUACUCUUAAUGAUUUCUUUGUUGGGGCAGACCUAACUUUUUUGAGUCUCCAGCAUCCUGGCCUUCCUGAAAGUGUUAAGCAGAAACCAUUGUUUACAAUCCGUGUCACAAAUAUUGAUGAAAUGGCGAAAACUUUUCUAAAGACCUAUAAUGUGGAAAAUGAGGAAAAUCCUAUCAAGGAAGAAGAUGAUCGGAAGAAAACUUUGAGGAAUGUUCAAGAUAAUUUGAGAACAAAAUUAAGUAAAAGAGGAGUUCGUAUUGUUUCAGGACUAGGAAAAUAUUUCCGUGAACUGGACAAGAAGCAAAAUAGAAUUAUUACAAAAGCAGACUACAGGCAAGCAUUAAAAGCAUUUCAUUUAGAAGUGAUUGAAGAGGAAUUUGAAUCUUUAUGGUUAGUUCUACAUGAGGACAAUAAUGGUGAACUUGAUUACACUGAAUUUACACGUGCUAUUCUUGGAGAAAUGAAUGAAUACAGAAAAGCAUUUGUUAGGAAAGCUUAUAUGAAGCUGGAUUACAAUAAAAUUGGCAGGGUCCCUAUGGUAGAUAUAAAGAAAUGUUAUUGUGCUAGAAAACAUCCUCAGGUUAUAGCAGGUAAUGCAACACAGGAAGAAAUUAAAUCUUCAUUUCUCGAAACACUGGAGGAUGCCUGCAGCAAUCCCAGUGAAGUUUCUUUUGGUGAAUUUGAGGAUUAUUAUGAAGGAUUAAGUAUUGGCAUUCUGGAUGAUGAAGAUUUUAUUAACAUAUUAAGGAAUUCCUGGGGAAUUUAGAAGUGAAAAUUUUAAUGUUAAAAAUUAGGAAUAGAGACUCUGAACAUUUGUUAAAUUCUAAAUAGCUUUAAUAAAUUGGCCUUCCUCAUCUGAAGGUACAGUAAUGUUUAAAGCAUGGCUUGUUUCUUUUCCUGCAGCAUUAAAAUAGUAUUUUUUUUCUCAAAUUGCCUCAGACAAUAUCACAUGUAAAAGAAUAAUAUGUUUAAUCAAUGAAUUGUGAAAC